AGAAAAUCGGCACAAGUGCCGAGAAUAGCGAUUUUUGUGUUUGUUGUUGUCAAUUUGGGGUUCUCAGCACAGUCCAGCAUCAGCACACAGCGACAAGCAAGCCGCACACCUGUUCAUUUUCCCUCUGUACUUUUUUGAGCUCUUCCUGAUCCUCGUCGUCUUCGUCUUCGACUUUCGUCUUCUUUUUUCCCUUUCCAACAGAACCACAGACCGCCAACAUGCAGGCCAUCAAGUGUGUCGUCGUCGGCGAUGGUGCCGUCGGCAAGACCUGCCUUCUCAUCUCCUACACCACCAACGCCUUCCCUGGCGAGUACAUCCCCACCGUCUUUGACAACUACAGCGCCAACGUCAUGGUGGACGGCAAGCCCAUCAACCUUGGUCUGUGGGAUACCGCCGGUCAGGAGGACUACGACAGGCUGCGCCCGCUCUCCUACCCUCAGACGGAUGUCUUCCUCAUCUGCUUCUCCGUCAUCAGCCCAGCAUCAUACGAGAACGUCCGCGCCAAGUGGUAUCCUGAGGUGAGCCACCACUGCCCCAACACACCCAUCAUCCUCGUGGGCACCAAGCUCGAUCUUCGCGAAGACAAGGACACAAUCGAGAAGCUCAAGGAGCGCAAGCUCGCCCCCAUCACAUACCCUCAGGGUCUGCAAAUGGCCAAGGAGAUCAACGCUGUCAAGUACCUCGAGUGCUCUGCGCUGACACAGAAGGGCCUGAAGACGGUGUUUGACGAGGCAAUCCGCGCCGUGCUCAGCCCUCCCAAGAUCCAGCGCCGCCGCACCGGCUGCGCCCUCCUCUGAGCGCCACCCGCCAACCAACCAACAGACCAACAGAUCGACCAACCAAUCAACCAACCAACCAACAGCGCCUACACUGACAACAGCGUCUGCUGCUACAUUUCUUUCUUUCUUUCGUUCUUUCUGUCUGUCUUUCUUUGUUCAACAACGCUUCUUGUCAACUUCACCGUGCAUCGUGUCACACAUACCCUCGCCCAACUCUUCUCUCGCCUCUUUUGAUGCCUUUUCUGAGCGGGCUCUGCUCGUCCUGUUGUCGUCGACGCCUCCAUGUGUGGUGAUGGAGUUGUCAUUGUUGGCUGAUGGUGUCGCGUGUUCACGUCACGUCCGCUUGCUGCGAACCGCUUGACCGCUGGUCGCGCAGCGUCUUGUUCUGUCCGUUGCUUGACAUGGGGGCGUGACGGGCACCGCACUCUUAGUCACUGAUGAUAAUGCGCAUCAUCUCGUCCUGAUCUGGCUCGUUGGCACAAAACCAUUGUCUUUCCUCGCGCCGUUGUUGUUGCUGCCGUGUUUCUUUGGGUUGGUUGUUUUUGCGAUGCCCUGGUUGUCUGUAUGCCUUCUUCCCCCCGGUGUGAGAGCACGUGGGGAGAGGGUGUUGCUUGUGCGCGCGUGCCGUGUGGUCGUCGCAUAGGUGAUUUGUGUGGUGCAGAAGGCACGCGAGCACAAGCGUGCAGCAACCGUGGUGGGCUUUUAGCCGGUGUUGCUUAGUGUGGUGGUGCGUUUUCUCGUUCCUUUUUGUAUGCAUGUGGCACGCGCACAUUUUUCUUUUCUUUUUCUCUUUCUUCUUCUUCCUCCUCUUUCCCGUCGCCCUCUCAUCUGCUUAUAGCCGUAUCCUUGUCUCUGUGGUGUUGUUGACACAACGAAACUUUCGCACAGUUGUGUGUCUGUGUGUGUGUAUGGAUGGAUGGUUUGUGAGGGCCUUGUUUUGUUUCUUUGUUCUCGCUCAUCAACGUCGUUUCUUGCUUGUCAAAGGACUACAAAUUACACCAUACACAAAACAAACACG